AUGGUUACAAGUUCGAUCUCUGGGACUGAUCCCGUAGUGAGAGAGUUAAUGGAUCCAAGUACACGAAGAAGCAAUCAGCUUCAAGUAUUCAUAUUGUAUUUUCAUGAUUCGCCGAAAUUAGUCGAGACAGUCAAAAUUUUUGCAAGUUUCUUAAGAAAACUCUGUGAAGUUGAUGUUGUACUGGACACAGAAGAAGAGUGUGAUAUUCUUAUCAGUCCUGAAACCUGGAUUUCGAAACAGUUGACAUACUUCUGUUCAAAGAUAGAAACAAAGAAUUGUGAUGUAAAAGAGAAGAAAAUCAUACUUGUUGAGUCUUCAGGGGCUGUACGAUGCCAAAAAGCUUUACAUGAAAGAAGAAUUAUCCAACCAAAAGAUGUGCUUGAUUUAUUUUGUUACGGCCUAUCAAUUAUCAUGGCAAAUAUGGAGUCCAUCAAAGAUUAUUGUCACUUAAUGGUUAUACGUUUCCCUAAUGCAUUAGAAAAUGAUACCUUACUUGGUAUUGUUCCAGAUAAACGUUACAGUAUUCCAGAACACUUAGUCUCCCUCUACUUGGAUUUGCAUGACAACAAAAUAUGUCAUCACUCCUCACAGUAUCAAAAGAUAUUAAAGAAAUGGGGUUCGUGUAGUGCUUACAAAGAUUUACUAAAUGCUGUUGAAAACUUGAAGUCUUCUGUUGAGCCCACCCAUUUGGUAAUGAUAAGAGAUGCUCAGCGAAACAGAGAAAUGGAAUACGAUGUCAACAAAGAAGAGUAUAGCACCCACUUUUGAGAAAAAUAGUUCAUUAUGUAUAAAUUAUGAAUACAAUGCACAUUUUACCCAUAUUCGUUUUACAAAAAAAAAGUUGUUUACAUCUACUAUUGAUUCAUAUUGUAUGAUAAAUUUCUAAUAUUGUUGAUUAAAGUAGAAGUUGUUUGUUAUGCUAUUAAUA